ACGUCGUCCCUUCAACGCAAGAAUACCACCAUUCAACUGCCAAUAGCAGCGACUCUUCAGAUUUCUUUUUACCUCCAAGUCUCCUCUCCUCUCCUCUCCUCAAUACAGACUGCUUCUCUUCAGAGUUUCCGAGGUUAGUUCAUCGCCUCCCCAAAAACUGUAACGAAAUAUUUUCGUUUGGGUUUUUUGUUCCCCGGAUUUCAUCAGCUAGAACCCCUAAUUUCAUUCCCCGAGGAAUCUCUGAUUCAAUCGCCGAAAUCCCUUUGGCCUUUGAUUCAACUCUUCAACGGCUUCUUCUCUUUCUUGCAUUAUAUUUCACCUGAGCUUGUAGAUAUGGAUGACAUGAAAGACAAGGUCAAGGGCUUCAUGAAAAAAGUCAACAAUCCCUUCUCGUCAUCCUCUUCUGGUAAAUUCAAGGGCCAAGGUAGAGUCUUGGGAUCUUCCUCUUCGGGACCCACUAAUCCAAUCCCCGCCCACCAUUCUUCGCAAGUUCCCCUUACAAAGCCGACUCCAUCUCCGUCCCCUUCAGCCAGUUCGACUUCGAAACCUUUGCCUAAAAAAUUAUCUGAUUCCAAUCAGACUAGGUCGGAUUCAUCGAAUAAUUCGAGCCCCAAUAAAAAAUCGGCUGAUGGGUUUGAUCCAUUUGGUUCUUUGAUCACUUCUGGGAAGAGAUCACAAAAUGGGUAUUCAAUAAAUGUAUACGAAUGUCCUAUUUGUGGGCAAUCUUAUCGGUCUGAAGACGAGGUGUCUGUACAUGUGGAUAGCUGUGUCAAUAAAUCGGUGGAAAACAUUGGUCUUUUGGAUUUGCCCGACAAUGGGGCGGAGUCUAGGAGUGAAUUGGAGAGUUGCAUUGGUGUGUUUGUUUCAGGGAAGCCCUCGGAGGGGUCGGUGGAGGUUGUACUUAAGCUAUUGAGGAAUAUAGUGAGGGAACCGGAGAAUGUGAAGUUCAGGAAAAUUCGGAUGAGUAAUCCGAAGAUAAGGGAGGCAAUUGGUGUGGCUGCAGGAGGGGUUGAGUUGUUGGAGUUUGUAGGUUUUGAGUUGAAAGAGGAGGAUGGAGAGAUGUGGGCAAUCAUGGAGGCUCCUACAGAAGACCGGAUCAGUUUAAUUAAUAGUGCAAUAACGUUUCUGGAACCACGAAAGGUAGAGGAACUACAAAAGAAAGAAAAUUUGCCACCUGCGACUUCAGCUCAUGUGGAAGAACAGAUUGAGCCGAAGAAGGUUGACAGGCAGGUCCGGGUAUUCUUUUCUGUCCCUGAAAGCGUAGCUGCAAAAAUUGUGAUACCAGAUUCUUUCUUUAACCUCUCAAUUGAAGAACUCAAAAGAGAAGCUGAUAUGAGGAAGAAAAAGAUUGCAGAGUCUCAGCUUUUGAUCCCAAAGUCAUAUAAGGAAAAGCAGGCAAAAGCUGCUAGGAGGCGAUACAAGAGAACUGUCAUCCGGAUUCAGUUUCCUGAUGGAGUGGUGCUCCAAGGCGUCUUUGCCCCUUGGGAGCCAACUAGCUCUCUCUACGAGCUGCCGCUUUUCUAUUUCACAUGGAAAUUUUCUGUUUGGAGACUUUUCUGGUACAAACAGCAACCCUUGGUACACUGGGUACGUGAUGGAAAUAUGGAUUGCCUGCUGGUGACAAUGCCUUUUCUUUUCGGAUGAGUUAGUUUGGCCCCUGGGGCAAUGUCAGGUUUCAUGAUGACAUUUUGUGCAUGCGAUGUGCUUCAGCAUUUUCUAUUUUUUCAAUUCGUGAGUGAAUUUGGCCCCUACGAAGUCUGUCACACUUAAAGUCUUUUGGCUUAAAUCUGAACAGAAAUUGCUUCUCAGAAGUAGUUUCAAUAUUUCCAAGGCACAUUGCAUGGCCUGAUAGAAUAUUUUGUCUGCUUUUUAUAGAUGCAUAUUAUGUGCUCUGGAAUAUGUUUGGUGAUUGAUUUGGACUUUUUGCUACUACUAAGAACAUGUAGUCUUUAGUAUUUCCUGGUCAAAUGAAAAUAGAUGGUCAACAAUUGUGUGUGUAGAUCUGAUGAUAGUACUAUAUUUCAUCUUGAGUUCGUGAAC